AUGGCUUAUACUUCGAGUCGCGCUAUUACGAAUUGUUCUGAGCCAACAACAGUCUUAAGUUAUUCUUGGAAUCCAGCUGUGGGUAAUGGUAAGUCCGGACUAUCCCGAAUCCAAGUUGACAUGAGUGCUAAUAUCUACACAGAUUGUUCCAGUUUAUUCCUUGGAUACUACUAUUGCGUUGCUGUUACUGAAACUCCGACUGGCCCGCCGGCGACUACUACAACGGCGGCUCCUUCUGGUCCUUCUCCCACUCAAGGUGGGAUUAUUGCAGAUUGUAAGUUCUUCAACCCUCCAAAUACAUCAGUACGCUGACUAUGGGUAAAGGUAAGAAAUAUCACCAUGCAGUCUCAGGUGAUACCUGCUAAAAGAUUGUCGAUACCUACAGGACAUUUUCCUUGAGUCAAUUGUAAGUUCAAAGCUCUCGAUGGUCUUUUGACGCGACACUGACCGUCAUGAAGCUACUCUUGGAACCCAGCCGUCAAAACAGGUAAGAAUCUAUGAUGAAUAUCAUUUUUCCCCGAGUUAUAUCAUUCACAUUACUAACACCUAUGAAAAGACUGCUCUGGUUUAUUCCUCGACUACUACUAUUGCAUAGCGAUUACUGGAACACCAACUACAGCUCCAGCCACGACCACCACAACAACACCAGCAGGCCCCACUGUUUCCCCCACGCAAGCAGGCGUCUCAGCCAACUGCAAAAAUUGGUACUUGGUUUCAUCAGGAGACUAUUGCCAGAAAAUAGCGGACCAGUUCGAAAUCUCUUUGGCAAACUUGUAA